AGUUGGUGAGUGUGACCAACACGCACCGUGAGUACGAAGAUCAGGUAGGAAUCAAUGGAAGGGGCGGAAGAACCUUUGGUUAGCCGGUCUUUCUUCUUUAGGGCGGAAGAGAUCUCAGCCAUACGGAGACUCCUUCCGCAUGAUCUCCACAAUACCUCAUUUGAAGCGUUGUCGUCAUUUUUAUGGCGUUGUCGGACAAUCGCGUUGAAUCCUGACCCCAACACUGAGAUGCGACUUAUGUGCCUCAUCAACUCUCGUUCCAAGCUUCUAAACCCACCGCUAUCGCCGGGUUACUAUGGAAACGCGUUCGUCUUCCCCCCGGCAAUAGCCACAGCAAGAGAUCUUAUGGAGAAACCUCUUGAGUUUGCUUUGAGGUUGAUACAAAAAACGAAAACCAUUGUAACGGAGGACUACGUCCGCUCGGUAACAGCCCUAAUGGCGACAAGAGGCCGGCCUAUGUUUGUGUUGGCGGGGAACUACAUAAUAUCUGAUUUGCGACAUUUUGAUUUGGGAAAAGUUGAAUUUGGGCCGUGGGGUAAGCCGGUGUAUGGUUUCUAUGUGCCGUUUGAGAAUAAAAAAGGUGAGACAGGUACUGUUGUGGCGAUUAGCUUGCCUGUAAGGGCGAUGGAGAGGUUUAUAGCAGAGCUACAUGGCGUGGUGAAUGUGUUUUAAGAGAUGAACCAAAAAUCCUAAGUCUGUUAUGUCUUAGCUCUAAGAGCUGAGUCGAGAAACCAUAGAAGCGACUAAAAAAAAUGUUAGCCAUGCCAACACUAAGAAGCGACUAAAAAAAAAUGCCCAAUUCAAUUAAAAAAAAUCAUUAACCAAAAAAAAAAUUAUAAAAAAU